GGGCUUUUCACAAUUUUCCAUUGACGACAAAUCAAUGUCGGUACACUGACCAAUCAGUUUACCAACCGCGAUAAAGGUUAUUCCGCUGUGUCUAUAAAACUAUUAUUUCUAGGCGUUAGCUGUUAGCUGUUGCCAGCGCCGGAUAACCUUGAGCGGUUUCAACAUCCAGAUAUUAAUUAAUUGAACUGGAAAUUUUAAUAAAACCGCAAGACAUCCGCUGUAUUGUCAGAGGGAAGCUUUUGCCUUGUUAUCACCCAGCCGGCUUGGUCAUCAGUGAUAAGACGAAAAAACAGUACCGUCAUCUUUUUCGGCUGACACGUUACACGUAACAUGGAAGACAUAGUGCCCGAUGUUCUGGACGCGGUUCCCGCUGGCACCAUAAAGGUCACCUACGCCGAUGGCCUCGAGGUGAAGCAGGGCAACGAGCUGACCCCCACCCAGGUGAAGGAUCUACCGAAGGUCGACUGGUCUGGGCUGGAGGGCAAGUCCAACCUGCUCACCCUGCUCAUGGUUGAUCCCGAUGCACCGACCCGUCAGGAUCCCAAGUUCCGUGAGAUCCUCCACUGGGCCGUGGUCAACAUUCCCGGCGGGAAUAUCGAUCCCUCCGGUGGCUAUCCCUUGGCAGCCUACGUAGGUUCCGGUCCCCCGCUGGGAACUGGCCUGCAUCGGUACAUUUUCCUUCUCUACCGCCAGGAGAACAAGAUCGAGGAGACGCCCACUAUUUCCAACACCACUCGAGCUGGUCGCUUGAACUUUAACUCCCGGGACUUUGCCGCCAAGCACGGAUUGGGGGAACCCAUAGCCGCCAAUUAUUACCAGGCCCAAUACGAUGACUGGGUGGCAAUCCGAAAUAAAACUUUCGGGUAGAUUUGUGUAUAUAUCAUGCCGGGUUUUCUAUUCCCAGUCAAUAAACCAAUCUAACCAACC